GGGCAGUGCCUACCGUGGAUCUUCUGAUGUUGAAUUCCAGAUUCGUGGCAGGGUUAAUGCAGGUGAACAACAACAGCUGCGUCGUCCAUCACUCAGGUGACGAAGAAGAUUCGCAUCACGAGCCCAAAGCGUGCCUCACGACGCAAGCCAGUUUCGGGACAACGCCUUUACAAGACUAGUCUGUUGUGACCCUGGGCACAGGAAAUCUUAUGAACCACAAUGACUCGGUCCCCUGAUUCCUCGUCGGAGAGCGAAGCGUCUACAAGUACCACACCGGAGAGCUCAUCCCAAGGCGAGAAAAGUGGAUCCUCUGGAGUCGCGGGUGAUGACGAAAGUUGCAUGUUCAACGGUGACCACGAACGCUCAGACUGCUUCCUGACCAGACCGGAUGCCGCUGUGGAACGGCCAUCGUUAGACCGAGCGAGCCAUGAUGAGGACCAUACGUCACCUUGCGGUUUGACUACCAAAGCUCUAGCCGGAAUCGCUGCCCUGGCUCAAGCAGUUAUCAUUCUCGGAACAGUGAUCGGUGUCCACAAGUACGGUCUUCUUACAGCGGAGCCUGAACAAAUUCCGUAUGUCGACAAGAGUGACGUCGAAGGUGCAUCUCCUGGUCGCUUGGCAGAAGACUAUGGAGGUUUUCCAUCAGCGAUUCUGGAUCCUGGCCCUCGAACGUCAACGCCAGAGGUUACGAAGUACAACAUCACAGGUAACCAGAGCGGACGGUCACUUGUGUGUCUUUUCGCCGACACAUUCGAAGGAGAUUUUCCUGCCCAUCUGUGCUCCCACCUGGUGUUUAUGGAUGCUGUACUUGACUUGGACACACGCAUUAUUCGUCCUAAUUCAGCGGAGCAAGGGCGCCCAGUGUUUCAGCGAUUUAUCGGGCAGAGUCGAGAGCUCCACCCUCGCACCGGGACCAAGUUUUUAGUUUCCUUGUGGGACGCCCGUGUCCAAGACACAUAUCAGGAGCUCUUCAGGGACUGGUCGAGGGCAACUCAAGUAGCUGGUUUUGCUGAAGCGUGGCUUCGUCGCGCAGGUCUUGAUGGUCUAGCACUCGUUAAUUUACCCUUCAAGUCAUCCAAUGCCUACGACCUUCUUGGGAUAUUUAAGGCACUAAGAGCUGUACUGGGUGGAGAGUUCAUGUUGAUUUUUGGGUUUCAUCGCGUCUCAUCAAAGAAAAUGGAACUUAGCACCGAAAAGGCCCUCAGGGAUAUUACCAGGAUUACCAACUUCACUUUUCUGGAAACACACGAUGCGAGACCCUAUAACUGUAGAGUCUUUCUUCCCAAUGCCUACCGGUCGCUUCCUGAAGACGAAGCUGGAUUCUCCAUUACACGUGAACUCAUAUGGAGCGCGGGUAGCGUCCACCUUUACCCGCUUGAGGAACGCCGUCUGUGUGUGACCCUCUCGGUGGCCGCAUUUCGAUUCGUUCUUCACGCUACAACGUCACUUGGUCCUGGCUCACGAUGUUACAGCUACUACGCGGCGUCCUUCAGACAGCACUGCCCUGAUCAGAAUGAAAAUGGCUCCACGUACGACGACGCUGCCAUGUCCCUUUGGUGGAAGGUUUCCAACAUGGGCCCACCGCGAGCUACCCGUCUUGAGGCCUUCGACUCAGCGGACAGCAUCCGACACAAGCUCAACCUCUUGCUGGACGAGUUCCCACAACUUUGUGUCGCCCUUUAUCACGCGGACCUUGAAGACUACCGCGGCACGUGUGACAACCAUGGGGAGCCUUUUGCGCGCAUAUCGGCCGUCAGACAAAUAUUGGACUCGCGUGUGCAUUAACUUUGUGCAUAAGGGAGUGUUGUCGCACUCUGUCAUGCACGAAAAAUUUUCGUGCAUAGGAUCUACCGAUAUGCUGAUUAGUUAUACGUUCCAAGUAUAAAUGAAAUAAAAUAAUUUGCAU